UUGUUUUCAACUGACUUUGCACGCGGGUGCUGUUUAUUUCAAUUUAUUCACAAGAGCGAAACUAACACAACCGCAAGGCCUUCGCAAGUUUGUUGAAAGUUAGGAGUUCAGUGAAAAUUUGCGGCAUCCUUUAUCGUCAAAGAAAUGGCUCUCACUAUAGAUGAGGUUUUCGAGAAAAUUGGAAGCUUUGGUCGAUACCAAAAGUUUUUGCUGCUCGGCUGCAAUGGGCUGGUUUUCUUUUGGAUGGGUUUCGCUGUGCUUAUCAUGACAUUCAUAACAGCUGAUCCCGGAUGGAAAUGUGUAGCGAAUAGUACCCAAUGCCGCUUUAAUGGCUCCAUGCCGGCAUCCAACAAGAGUCGGUGUGAUAUGAAUCGGAGCGAAUGGGUAUUUAAUGAUGACCUGACAUCUGUGGCGACAGAGUUUGAUCUUGUCUGCGACAAAGCAAUAUAUGCAACCAUAGCGUCAUCCAUGAUAUUUUUGGGUUUCCUCCUUGGGGGAAUAACAGUUGGUCCUUUCGCUGACAAGCUGGGCAGACGACUCACCAUUUAUUUGUACGGUUUCAUCAUCGCUUUGUUCAGUCUUCUGACUGCUUUUCCGCAUGCGUAUUGGCUGUUUGCUGUCUUCCGUUUCCUCGUCGGAUUUGGAGUUGGUGGUGCUAGCAUCAGCAUUUACGUGUUAGUGACAGAGAUGGUUGGUGUUCGUCACCGAAGUCUAAUCGGCGUUUCAUUGUGGUACUGCUGGACAUUUUCUCUUCUCUUUUUGGAUCUUCUUGCAUAUCUCAUUCGUGAUUGGAGAAAACUGGCCAUCGCCUGUGGUGUUCCAGCUAUUCCAGUUGUUCUCGGAUGGUUCAUCACAAAGGAAUCUCCCCGCUGGUUGUUAUUGAAGGGAAAAAUUAAGCGAGCUGAGGUUAUUCUCAAACGUAUCGCUGAAGUUAACCGCAAGGAAAUGCCAAAAGAGGACCUGGCGAAACCUGAUGACCAGAUUCGAAUUGGAGAUUUGCGCGACUUGUUCUCAUCCAAACUGAUGGCACGAAAGACAUUGUUGUCAUGGUAUAUUUGGUUCGUAUGUGGCAUGGUUUACUAUGGAGUGUACCUUAGCACUCCAAAUGUGGGUGGAAACUUAUACAUGAACUUCUUUCUCACAAGUUUUAUUGAAGUAUUCUGCCUUCCAAUCAUUGUGUGGUCAUCAGAUAAAUUUGGAAGGAAAAAGGUUAUCAUUGGUAGUUUAAUCUUUGCUGCUUUAUCUUCUGUUGGGGCAGUACUUUUGACCACAGAUGACGAUUCCAACAAAGGGAUGCUGAUUGGAAGAAUAAUCUUUUCAAUGGUCUUUGCUAAGGUUUUCAUAACCAUAACGUUUGAUUUGGCCUACGUAUACUCUGCAGAGCUCUUUCCUACUGUAAUCAGUUUUACAUUCAUUAUCAUUUUUGUUUUUUUUGCCAUGUCAAUGCAGAAUAACAUCCACAAAAUGUUGCCAUACGCCGUUAUGGGAGGCAAUGCCCUGCUUUGUGGUUUGCUGUGCUUGACUCUUCCCGAAACCGCAAACCAACCAACUCUUGAGACGAUUGAUGGUAAGAAAUCUAGCACCCACUCCGAAGAAGAGGAGGACGAAGAUGACGAGAAGACCAACGAUAACAACAAAAAUGUCACCGAGGAAGAAAAGGAAGCUUUAGUUAAUGGAGAAGUUGCUGGUGAUGACAAUGCGUAGAUAAAAUGCAUUUUACGGGCAUAAUUGGCCAAGGAUAGGGAUAUGAAACUAGUAAACCAAUUGUAAACUGUCUACAUAUUCAUUGAAGUCGAAGGAGAAUAGCUACGCGCUGAUCCGGCAGGAAUCAUAACUCUGAUUGUAGGUGUACGCUUUCAUAGAACGACAUAGGAUAAUUUUUCUGGCUUUAGAAGCUAGCAUUCCAUUUUUUGUUUAAAAUUGUAGGAGGCGUUUAUUUACGGACCUACGCUUCCACUUAAAGUGAAUUUUUCAUUUGGUAAAAUUGACAAGUCAUAUUUUUCUUCUUUCGUGAACAGCCAUUGCAUUAAAUCAUGUUUUUUUUCAAA